GACCGCAUUAAGUUCACGCAUGCGCAGUCUGGCAUUUUGGAUAUCAGCAAAUUCUAGUUGUGUUUUCAUUCUUAUUUACGACUCUUUGCUUUUUUCCCCUUUACAGAAAUCUCAUCUAUUAUGGCUGAUCCAAGAAUACGCCAGAUCAAAAUAAAGACUGGAGUCGUCAAACGGCUGGCUAAGGAAGAGGUGUCGUACAUAAAGGAGGCAAAACAACAGGAGGAGAAAGUUGAACGCCUAAAAGCUGAGGCUGGGGACGAAUACGUGAUCAAGAAACAGCUGGAGGUGUUGCAGGAGUCGAGAAUGAUGAUUCCAGACUGUCACCGCCGUUUAGCCAUGGCUCAUGCUGAUCUGCAGCAGCUGUUGGAUGUGGAAGAGGAUCUUGAAGAAUCAGAGGAAUACAAGGAGGCCAGAAGUGUUUUGGACUCUGUCAAACUGGAGGGCUGAUGUAAACACGCAUAAGCAGCAAGUGUCCAUUCCAUUCCGUUAGUCAGAACUUCUAACAAAUGUUGAAACAGACAUAAAUCUGAUCGUUUUUUGUUUUUUUUUAUUUAAUUUUUUUUUUUUUGGUAUUUAGUAACAGAAUUAUAUAAAAUUAUAUAAUUUAGAAAAGUGAAGAUUUUUCUAAAUUAUAUAAUCUUACUGUACAACCCUGAAUGUUUUUAUUUUUUAUUUUAUACCCUGAUAUUGCGAUUAAGUUCUACAAAACAGUUCUAGCCCUAGCUGUAAAUGUGCAGUAAAGGUUGGCUUGGCUUGAUCUUUUUGCAUCCCCUUAUAAAAAAAACCACACAAGUUGCUCUGGUAAUUGAUUUCGACGACAUCGUUAAUGAUAUUAAUCUGUUCAUUUCAGCAUGAUUGUGUAUUUUGAUGUAAACUUAUAAUAGCAGUUGGUGUAUCAAAAAGGGUUACAUGACACAUUUGUUUAUGCCAUGUGUGUUUGCUUUUUGGUUGAUAUUUGAGUAAGUAAGCAGCAGCUUGUUUCGUUCUUGUAUUGUUUGAGUAACUUUUAGACAAUUGUCACACAAUAGCUUUUACCCAGUAUUACCAGCUUGAUAAAAGGGGACAUAAUAAAAUAAAGAGGUAAAAACACA